CAGGCAUGCAUCUGCGUACAGUUGAUGUAGGGCUGGAUGCGCCCAUGGCAGCAGCCAUGUACCAGGCACUAAUUAACCCAAACAAACCCAGCAGUACCCCCUUCACCUGCGCAACAGGCAAUUGCACAUUUCCACAGACCGUCACGGGCGUUAGUUUUGCAUCCCUUGCAAUAUGUUCCAGCGCCCAGGACAUCUCAUCAUCGAUAAAGUUUUAUAAUAUAACGUAUAUUUACAACCAAACAGGGCCUUCACCUGGCCAGAGGUACACGUCAGUUUCUCAUGAAGCUGUCUGGCAGAUCCCUGGAGCGCAGAUAGGAGAGGGGGUAAUGUUAUCAACACCUGGAUUCUACGGGCUGAGCUUUGACUUUGACGCCUUGAUGUUCACCACGGGCCAUAAACCGUGGGCAGUCCACUUCUCCCUGUUCCCAUGUAUCCAGUUCUACAGUGCCGACAUUUCUAACAACAUUCUGAAUGAGUCCGUUGUAUCAUCUAAACCGUUGACCUUCAACGCGUUGGAUCAGAGUUAUUCCCUCGCGGGGAACUAUCCAUCGACUCCGUCGACGGAGAGCUGCAUGCGCUCACCCCAACGAGAGGGCAACAACACCAUCCCGACCUUCGAAUACAAUGGAACUGACGUCUACUACGACGAAACCAGAUUGACCAGUGGCGGCAAGGCAGUUAACAGCACCAUCUACUACUAUCCGCCCGAAUGCGUCUGGUAUUUCUCCGGUGCUUCCGUCUGGGCUAUCGCCCAAUACCUGCCCAACUUCUUCGGGGGCCGAAAUUUGACGUCCCCGUACGACAGGCCCGAUGCCACCGAGGGUGAUCUGUGGCUCCAGCAGCUUUACGCAGAGGGAACUGUCAACUUGUCCUCAGCGACAGCAUAUAUUGAGAGUCUCGCCAGUUCCAUGACCAUGACUAUGCGGCAGCGAGGCGACGCGUCCAACAGUGUUCCUGUGAAAGGCACCGUGUGGCAAUCACAGACCUGUAUUCACAUUUCCUGGAGCUGGUUGUCGGUGGCAUUUGCAUUGCUUUCUUCAGCCAUCACUUUUUCAUUGUGGGUUAUUCAACAGUCGCUAAUGGCGUGUCGGGACUCUUACCCUCGGAAACCGUGGAAGUCAUCUAUUCUACCUGUGGCAUUCCACAGGUUGCAUGUCAACGUGGAUGAAUUGCCGGACGAGAGCAAGCAGCUGUUUGAUAUUCGCGGAAUGAGCAAGGUUGCGUCUACUCUCCAGGUCCAGUUGAUUGAUUUGGAGAAAGACGAUCCUGUUAAAAAUCCUGUUUCGAGGGACCUAACAGAAAAGAAAUGAUAGCGAUAAUGCUGACAAGGCAAAUCUAUAUAACUAAUAGUAUAUUCUAUUAUAUAUGUAUGCCAAGUCGACCUAUUGCA